ACCAUUAUUAGAAGUGUCUGUAAAUUCAGGACAGUGUUUUAUUGUCAUUGAUUCUAUUUUGAGAUAUUUCUGUGUACUACAAUUGACUGUUAACUGCUGCUAGCCGAAAUGCUAACUGUCAAUAGUGUAACCGUUAAUUGCCGUUUCUCUAAAUGUUAUUAACCGUUAGCUUUCUUGAAAAAGUUAGGCAGGUUUACGAUUGCUUUCCCCUUGAUUAUAGGUGAUAGGGUAGUUACAAGGUAUACAAUAUCAUAUAUUUAUCCGAGCACUGGUCCACAGUGAGUAAAAAUGACUAAGCUAAGUUCAUGAUUGUGUAUGAUGAUCCAGAAUCAGAAUUCAUUUUAUUAUUGUUGUGCACGAACGAAAGCACCACGAAAUUUAAACAUUUUAUACGUUUUAUCUUGUGCUUCAUACGUAACAGAAAAUAUACAAACUGUGUAAUUACUAAAAUAGUAGGCUACGUUGACACAGCAGGCAUAUGAAGUCCAAAUCCUAUAUUCAGAUUCCAGGCAGGCCCAAUUCCGAUCUUUUCUUCCCCCCAAAAUAUCCGAUAUGUGCCUCUUCCAAUUGCGAAUACAUGUCCGAUUGUUUUCAAAGCGUCUGUAGUCGUAUUGUCAUUAACAGUCAUGCAUCAUAAUUGUGCACCAGAAGAAGCUGACAUAAACAAUAGCUGAAAAUUAUAAUUAUGAAAUAAGUCUGAUUUUCCCCAUUAAGUCUCAUCUACUCAUACUACUUUAAUCAGUAGUAUGAAGAACCACGCAAAACAAAACAAAAACAAUCGAAUUUGAGUAUCGACACCUGCUGUGUGAACUAGCCUUAGUCUGCAUAGCAUAAACGCGUUAGAAACUCAGUGUAAGCAUAAGCUGAACAGUUAAGUCAGCAUCACAGUGAAGCCAUUACUCAAGAAGCUGAUUUCUGUUUUCACAGAAUAAAGACACUUUAUUGCACACUAAUCUGUGCGUCUGCUGUCACGUCACAAGUUUUGUCACAAGUUUUAACAUAAUCUUGCCAGGAGAUAAAAUAAGCAUCCUACCUGAGAGCCGAACCUAGACGUGACAGGCAAGUCUACAUGGAGCAAGUACUGGAUGAAAUCAUCACAACACUAUGAACUUUAGAGAAGCCAGAACUCGUCAAAGUGUGCCAUUAUCUAAAGCGCAGUGAAACGGGUUCAAGGUGGCGGGUUCAAAGGGCAUGAAACAGUUGAACCUGAAUCUCAAAAGUCAGAAAAUGCUCCUAUAGAAAAACCCGAGCAAGAACACAAGCAACUUCAGCAGGUGCAAGAAGAACACUGCAUCCUGGAGAAGAAAAUUGGAGCUUUGGGGGCAAAGGUCUGAGGAAGACGACGAAGGGGAGCAGUUCAGCCCAGAUUUGAUCCAGCAUCACUAGGUUUUAAGGACAAGGGGUCUAAAUCCUCAGGAUAUCCACAGGAUAUAGGCAAAUGUAAUAGCAACCCAGACGCAUCCAUGCAGAACUUGGUGAUCGUCUCCAUCUUUUUCAUCCUGAUUGCCCUGGGGCUGCUCAUGGUCAUCAUAGGCCAAUACAGCGAGAUUGAGAUAAUAGGCAGGAAGAACGAAGAGCUGAAGACGGCCAAACUUGAGUUUUAUAACAAGCUUCAAUAUGAAAUCAAUUUUAAGAAGUCGUUGCAGGACAUUAAAACAAAUGGGGAACAGAGGUUGAAGGAAAUGGAGGCUAACCAGCUCCAACUCACCAAGCAGCUGGAGGAUAAGAAAUCUGAGGCCGCCACCUGUCAGGACCAAAUGAAAACAAAAAACGAGGAGCUGGCAUCUAUAGAGGAAGCGCUCAAAAGCACCACAGCGACCUUCAAUGCAGAGUCUGAAGCCUGGAAACAAGAGAUCAUCAGUCUGACAGCAAAUCUAUCAGCACGCAGCCCGAUAUGCAAAUAUGUGACAAAUAACAAAAAACCUGUGGAAUUUUGUGCCACACCACCAAUUCAAGCUCAAGAAAAGUUAAGCAGAUAAAACUACAAACCCACAUCGGUAACAAACUCCAAAAAACAUUUUAUACUUCAGAAAUGGACCUUUAUGAUGAUAUGAACGUGUUUUUUACCAUUACAAUCUGCACUUAAAAAUCUCAAAAUGUUUUCUCUGCCUGAAAAUUGAGCUAGUGUUUCGACUUGUAGUGUUUGUAAAUCUCUAUUAUAAAUAAAUCUGUGCAUUUCCAG